AUGUCUUAUCGAGACAGUCCUGAAGCGACAGGCUUUGGAACUCAUGACAUUUGGAAUCCGCUGCGCCUCGCAGUGACGUCGAUGUUUUUUGCGCUGUUCUUUUAUCAUUGAUUUCACUUCCUCGGACGGGAUACGUAUACAAUUACAAUUAUUUAAUCUCUGCUCGCUGGAUAAUCAUUACGCUCCGGUUGCGCUAGGCGAGACGACGUGUGUGGGCUGCGGGUGGGGGGGCGGUUACCCGCGAAAACACACUCUGCACUUCUCGUGAUCCUCAAAAAAAAAAGAAAUAUACGCACACUGCAUACAUAUAUGUGUAUGUGUGUGUAUAUAUAUAAUAUUAUAUGCAUAUGUAUCUGCAGCAGUGUGCGUCUCACGUAGUCAUGAUAUUAAGUCUUAAGAAGAGCAGCCGCCGUGCCUCGCUCACGUGCUCAUGAUUAGCAUAAGCGUCGGUGUCUUUGAACCCGUCGUAAAUACCCACUAGCGCUCUGAACGGCUCUUCGGUGAAGUUCUGACUGCAAGGAAGACGGGAGAUCGGACUUUCCAGCAUGAAGAGACGGACCUUAUUUCACACCAUCUCUCGGCUUAAUUUACAAGAUUCAUUCAUUCACCUUUUUUCCGCCAGUGCCACUUCAUCCACCUAGUCAUUUACCCAUACAGCGGGGUGAUUUUACUGUAGCAAUUAAGACAACUCUCCCCACCCCUACAUGGUGAAGGUAACGUCUGAUCAGCUCCCGAGGGACUCGUACCUCCAAUGUCCGGACAGCCGCUAGCGGUGGCGGCUCCCUUCGCUGUCCCGGCCCAUGGCGGCGCUGCCGUUUUAACCCUUGAGCCGUGAGCGGCGUGACACCCGGCCAUGGAGAGCACCCCCGGAGGUAGCCUCGACUCUCGGAUGGCCCCCCAGGGCCCGCUCCUCUGCUCCACCUCGCCCUCCGUCCGCGCCGACGCCUACGAGGCCGGCGGAAAGAAGUGCAUCUCCGACGUCCGCAGAACCUUCUGCCUCUUCGUGACCUUCGACCUCCUCUUCGUCACCCUUCUGUGGAUCAUAGAGCUCAACGUCAACGGAGGGAUCAAGAAGGAGCUCAUUACUGAAGUCCUCCAUUAUGACUACAGUGCUUCCUUCUUUGAUAUAUUCCUCCUGGCCCUCUUCCGCUUUGCUGUCCUGAUCAUGGCCUACGCCGUCUGCAGGCUGCGCCACUGGUGGGCCGUCGCGGUAACGACAGCCGUCACCAGCGCUUUCCUGAUAGCGAAAGUAAUUUUAUCAACGCUUCUCUCCCAGGGAGCCUUCGGCUACCUGCUGCCCAUCUUCUCCUUCAUCCUGGCCUGGAUCGAGACCUGGUUCCUGGACUUCAAGGUCCUGCCCCAGGAGGCAGAGGACGAACACAGGCGACUUUUCGUGCCGGAUGUCUCGGAGAGGGCCCCGCUCCUGUACCCUGGGCCCCUGUCGGACGGGCAGUUCUACUCCCCCCCGGAGUCAGUGGCAGAUUCGGACGAGGCAGCCGACGAGAAGCGGGACCCGGAGAAGAUGCCCGUUUAAAAGGCAUGAAGCUUCGAAACUGACAAGGCCCGAAAGGCGACAGGUUGAACUCUGAGUGGUCGUCUGGGCUCCGCGGGGGGUCCGUGGCCCUGGGUUCCAUUGAUCCUGGCUGCCCUGACAGUGGCGCUGCAGUUCUGCUACCAAAGGACACUUCCUCACUCUGCCUUACAAUUGCUGUGGACUUAAUGCCAUUUUGUCUGUGACCCGUCUGCUAAAUACCUUUUUUUUUUUUUUUUUAUUUCUGUGAAAUAAUUAAUGCAGAAACAUGUAAAAUACAUGCAUAGAUGUCUCCUGUGACUGUGUCGUAAUCCCUGUAAUUUAUUGCUCCGUUUGGCAACGGGGUCCCUGCGGUAGCCGAAGGCGCAGUCGAUGCGGGAGAGGAAUCCCGAAUUAUCCAACGUUUUGGCUCUUCCUGGAAUUCUGCCUUCAUCGCUGUCGUAAGGCGGAUCUUUCUGGAAGGGGUUCUAACUGCGGCAAACAAUCAGAGGAACAAGACAAGACGACGCUGGUUUAAGCAAUGCAUGUAACUGUGUUGCCUUUAUAAGACGGCAGCUGUAAAACCUGUAAUUCUGCACUAAUGCUUGCGUUUUGCUUCCUGUCGUUUUUAUAUUUCUGAUUUUUGACUUUUUUGUGUUCUGGGGAAAUGACCCGCGUGUGAUUUUUGCAUCGACGUUAAAUUUCUAAGGCACUAAAUAAGUGUGAAUAACUAUUUAGCAUCAACUCCAGAUCUUCGCACUUCUUUUAGGAGGAAAACGUUUGUGAAUCGAACAGGAAUAGAAAAUGUGAUCUUUUGACUUUUUAAUUUUCCACAACAGAAAUGAAAAUCUUGUCGAAUUGUGAAGUUGCACAAUAAAGAAAUCAAGAAAGCGGAAUUUUAAGCGUCACAUCAGAGAAGGUGGAAUGUUGGUACUCAGCUCAUGUAAAGCCAAUAAACUGGUCUGUUCCCCAUC